UGUAGCCAACCAUGGUAGUCGCACUCGCUUUCCUGUGACAGCUCGAGAACUGGCAGAAGGCGAAGCACAACUGACUGCUGAGGGACGGGACUAAAUGCGGCGCGCAGGUCAGUACGUACGCAACACCUAUCUGGUGUAUCUGGUGGACAACGCUGUAACGCACAUCAAAAGUGCCACCUCGGCCCAUUCACGCGAUCAGGUCUCUGUACAGUCCAUCGACACUGAUGUAGGGCAUGAGAGUGCACACCAUCUCAUCAGUGGCAUGUACAAUUCGAAUGAUCUGUUUGUCCCCGUCACAUCACCUGCAAUCGACACUGACUUCCUGCUGCUGGGCCAUAGUGACUGCCCACACUUUGAUCAGGAGAUAUCAGUUUUCCACGCGAGUGCCGCUUUCGCAACCAAAAUCACCGAAUCCGAAGUAUUGCGAACAAAAGCUCUUGCAUUGGCAACAACAGCCAUCAACAGCACAGAGACCAUUUCAGAGGACCUUUCGGAUAUCUAUCGCUUAUAUGAUAUACUGUCUACCACCGACAACCAGGACGUGUUGUCGCAGGUGAACGACACGCUCGUGCAGUUGGAACGUCUGACCACGUGGGUGGAGUUUGCCAAGUUCUCUAGCAAGAAGGCCAUCACAACCGCCACGGGACGCAUGCUAGACAGCGUGCUCAAUCACUUCCGUGACAUUCAAGCGCACGUGGAGGUCAACCCUAACAGUCACCUGUACCAGAAGAUGAAGGUCUACUCAGCCGACUACACAGUGCUGGUGCCGCUGCUGACUCACAUUGACACAGGCGUGGGUUCCUUCGACAUCCUGCCCAGCCCUGCGUCACUGGUGGCCUUCGAAUACUACCGAAACAACACAGUUCAAGGAGCCACCUACCAAGUGCGAGCAGUGCUGCGUGAGUCUGACCAGCGCGAGAACGGCACAGCCACGCACGUCUUUCCCAACGCCACUGUGGGCGACAACGCACACGCCCUGCCCAUCCCCACGUGCCAGGGCCAGCAGUUCUGUGAUUGGGCGUAG